AUGAAGAAGCUGCGUGCUUGUCUGACAGGGCUGGUGCUACUGCUGGUCCUGUCCAUCGCCGCCUUGCCGGGACCGACGUCUGCGGUUUCGGUUGAGGCCACCACGACCGUGGCCGAUUCGGCCCUGAACGCGACCACGUCGGGCAUCAAGUCGCUCUGGCACAGCUGGUACGGGAAGGCCACCAGCCUGCUCGACGCGGUUCAGGCCCACCCCUCCACGGGCGCCACGCCGCCCGAAGUCAAGGAGGCCAAGGUGGUGGGCGAGAUCAAGCUGCUGGCCGAGGCCCUGAGACGGGAGGAGGCCAAGCUGGAGGACCUUCUCGAGGCUCGUCUGAUCAUCAAACGGCAGAGCUGGACCUGGUUCCUCGACCCUCAAAUCCGCGCUCAAGUCGACACAGCCACCCUGGCGGUGAACAAUCAGCGUCGCAAGGUGGAAUCGCUGUUCGACGACAUCUCGCUGCACUGGCGCCAGUUGAAGCCUCUCCACGGCGUGCGCUCGCGCAUGUUCGCCUCGGAGCUGCUGGCUUUCCUGCUCGCGCCGGUCCUCUCCAUCCUCGACUUCCUGGCCUCGACCUUCUCCUUCGGCCUGCUCUUCUUCUUCCUGCUCCUGGGUCCCGUGGCCCUCUUCUUCGGCAUGUUCGCCUUCUCCCUGGGCAUGGCCAUGCUGCCCAUGAUCGGCUCCUGCCUCGUCAUCCUCUACACCCUCGAGUUCCCCUGGCUCAUCAUCCAGUACAAUCCGUCGGCGCUGGAGUUCGUGGUGGCCUACGCGCCCUUCGUGCUGGCGACCUAUUGGCUGGCCAAGAGCAUGAGCCGCACCCUCCGCCCCGUGCGCCAGUUCCGCUACUACGCAGCCGACACCGCCGAACAACCUGGCCGCCGAACAACCCACCAGGCAGCAGCCCCAACCGCUGCUCCCUCGUCCGCCACCGCCACCGCGCCCCGACGUACGGACAACGUCAAGACCGACUGA